AGAAAGUUAAGUUGAGGUUUGGGAAGAAGAUAUAUUAAAAAUUUCCUCUCUCUGACGUAGUAAAUCGAUUUGUAGGCCAUGGACGUAUAAAGAUCAAUAUGGAAGUAGGUCUAAUGGCGAUUAUCUACGAAAAGUCGAAAUAUUACACAGCCAACGUAUAUGCGCAUUAGUCCAGCGUCUUCUGUAGAGGAGGGAUCUGUAAUACUCCUUUUCUGUAAAACAUUUUUUAUUGAUUUCUUGGAAGGAAAGAUCUGAAGGCUCUGUAUGGUGCUGCAGGAAUAAUUUAUUAUUUAAAACCGGGUGCUUUGGAAUGUGGAAUAAUUUUAUAAUUUUGGCUGCACAGUGCACAGGCGGCGGCUUAAUGGCAGUCAUGUUACUCGACAUGACAUAACAAAAUAUUCUCAUUGUGUUAUGAGAAAUGCCAGCUGCAGAAUUCCUUAUAAUAUUUUAAUCCCGGCCUUUAAUUUGCAAAUUCGUCCUGUUUUCUGCAAAUCUCGCUUGCCUGUAAUGGAAUUUGCUCGGCUUUAUACCUACGGGGCGGGAAAUCGGAGUGCUUUGUUUACUGGGCGGCCGCAUUAAGGGAGGGGAAAGGUUUCGGUUUCGAGUCCCGGGAAUGGAGCAGGAGGCACUUAUUCCCACGAAGAGGUUGUUAAAGCAGGUCACAUGGCAGCACAAGGACACGGAGUUGCACGCGGCCGCCAGGGCUGGGAAUUUGGAACGAGUAAGGGGGAUUUUGAGCGGGCGGUCUUUGGAUUCGCCGGAGGCAUGUGACCGUGAGGGUGAGGUGAUCAUGGAGAUUGCAGACGGGAAGGCCCAGCGGGACUUGAUUGCCGCGCAGAAUGACUUGGGAGAGACGGCGCUUUAUGUUGCGGCAGGGUGUGGUCAUCUGGAGGUCGUCAAGGAGCUUGUCAACUAUGUUGAUUUGGAAGCCGCCAGUUUGAAGACGCGCAGCGGCUUUGAUGCUCUGCAUAUAGCGGCCAAGCACGGUCAUUUGGAUAUUGUUGUGGAGCUUUUGCGUUGCUGCCCUUCUCUUAGUAUGACAACUGAUUUAUCAAAUUCAACUCCACUCUAUUCAGCUGCUAUUCAAGGUCAUCUGACUGUUGUUAAUGCACUUUUGGAGGCUGAUGUGAAAUUGAUAAAAAUUGCAAGAAGCAAUGGCAAGACUGCCUUGCAUUCUGUUGCUAGGCUUGGCCAUCUUGAAGUCAUGAAAGUGCUUUUGAACAAGGAUCCAGAGCUUGCCACUAGAAAGGAUAAUAAAGGGCAGACAGCCUUGCAUAUGGCUGUUAAGGGAAAGAGUGUUGAUGUGGUUGAAGAACUAAUAAGAGCUGAUCAUUCUGUUAUUAACUUACAGGACAAGAAGGAGAAUACAGCUUUGCACAUAGCUACUAGAAAGUGGCGGGAUCAGAUUGUAAAAGAGCUAUUGUCAUGCCCUGGCAUCAACGUUAAUACUUUGAACAAGUCAAAACAAACGGCUCUUGAUAUUGCAGAAAAAUUGCCAUGUACUGAACAUGCAUCAGAAAUAAAAGAUGCAUUGCGAGAAGCUGGAGCUGAGAGUGCCAGAAAUAUAAACCAACCAAUAGACAGAAGAGAACUAAGGAAAUCUGUUAGUGAUAUAAAGCAUGAUAUGCAUACUCAACUAAUACAGACUGUGAAAACAGAUAAACGAGUCACUGGAAUUGCAAAGGAGUUGAAGAAAUUGCAUAGAAAGGGGCUAAAUAAUGCCACUAACUCUGUGACAGUUGUUGCUCUUCUUAUUGCUGCAAUUGCUUUUGCAGCUAUAUUUGCUGUGCCUGGCCAGUACAUGGGUCAGGGCCCUCAUGCUGGGGAAGCUAUGGUAGUCCGUAAGCUAGCAUUCCAAGUAUUCUUUGUCUUCGACUCACUGGGCUUGUUUAUAUCCCUAGCUGUUGUGGUAGUUCAAAUAACACUAGUUGCAUGGGAAACCAAGGCACAAAGGAAGGUGGUUCUUGUAAUUAACAAACUCAUGUGGUUGGCAUGCGUUUGCAUUUCUGUCUCUUUUAUUGCAUUAGCACAUAUUGUUGUUGGUCACAAGGCAAGGUGGGCUGCAUUCGCUGUAACAGCAAUAGGUGCAUCAUUUAUGAUAGCAACUUUGGCAACCAUGUGCUACUUUGUCUUUAGGCAUCAGAUUAGAAAGUACAGAGAGCAUUCUCAGAGGAAGAUCAGGAAAUCCACUCAAAGUAGGUCAUACUCAUGGUCAGUUUACUCAUUAUCAGACUCUGAUAUGUGUAAGUCUGAAUAUGAAAAAAUGUAUGCAUUAUAGAAAUCUUCUCAACAGUCUCAUCAUAUUCUAUAUAGAGAAUGAUGCCAGACUUAAUAUAAAUAUGUAUAGGCAAGUAAAUUGCAUUAUGAAGGUUAGGCAUCAGUGUUCGCUUGUAUUUUAAAGGGUUAUAAUUCAGAAGAGAUAUAGAUUUAUUCUGAGCUAGAAUAUCAAAGUUAAUGUAUUGGACUCAAUGUUCGACUCGUUUUAUUAAGAUCGUUUACAGAGCCUCAUUUACUGUA